AUGCUGGCGGGGCAACUCUUCCUAUGGCUAGCAACUGCCACAGCGGAUGGACAUGGAGCGCAUGGAGCAUGUGUUGCUCCGGUCCUAUUGCAGCGGCAGCAAUUAUUGCAUGAUGCACUAGCCCAUGGGCAGUAUGGGCACCGUGUGCACGAGGCCGCUUCUCGCAAUGAAAGUGUUGACGAGGGUGACGACGAGAAAGAGAAGGAAGCCGAGAAGAUGUUGAAGUGGCUCCAGAAAGUCUUCAAUGUAUCCGCCGACGGCAACAUUUGCCAAGCAGACGGACCAGAUGGCGCGCUGAUCAGCACCGUUCAGUCCAAGAAUCCUGACGUCCUCUCAUUGGACCUGACCAAUGCCUUCAAAAUCAACAAGGUGGUGAAAAUCUUGGUCACGGCCAUGAUCACUGACGGGACCUACGUUGAAGGAGCUGGGUUCGUUGCGACGCUGGGGGAGAACACAGAUAUCUAUUUGGAGCUCCAGCUGGACCCAACCAGGUCCGUGGUGGAUGUUUACCAACCUCAGAUGGGAUUGCGCACCACGGACAUGGAGUCAAAGGAAGCUGUUGAGAGAGGCGCCGGGGAUGGCUGGCUCGAUGUUCUGCCCAUGACGCCGUGCCCACCUCCGCUGGAAGGGAGCGUGGUCGUGGAUGCUUCACCGCUCGUGGCGAAGCUCUUCUACACCUUUCAGCUCAGCGCCAUCAGCAGCUAUCGAAUCAUCACUUCACAGGCCUAUCCAACGAAUUUGGAUCUCACCGUGGAAUACCUGAGCUCCGUCCCAAUCUCCUUAGGUUUCUCAUUGCAGGUGCUCCCUAACGUUACCAUGCCCACGCGACCUGCAGAUGACCGACUGCUUUAUUUCACUUCAGAUUAUACUGACAUUGGAUAUCACUUGGCAGACCGAAAGACUUUACCCAGUGAGGCGGUUGAUCGGCAGACUUCGAUUAUUUGGCGCUGGGAUCUUUCAAAGUUGGCCAACCGGACGAUCAGGAUGUACGUGGAUCCGACAGUGCCCAGUCGUUGGCGGACCUGGAUCAAGGAGGGUGUUGAGGCAUGGAAUGCCGGCUUCAAACUCCUUCACAAGCGAGCUUUUGUCAAGGCGAUUUUGCCGGGAGACGCUGAUUGGCCCGACGAUUAUGACUUGGCUGACGCUCGCUGGAGCACCAUUUCAUGGUCGAUCUCUGACGAGAUUUCCAGCGAAGGAGAUGCUAAGAUUGAUCCUCGCACGGGAGAGAUCAUCAAGGCAGACAUUCGAAUGGGUGAAGGUUGGGUUUGGGCAUGGCUUCAAGAGCUGGAUUUGUUGGCCCCCAACAUGACCCAUGCACAGCGCUUGGCCUUCCUGGCAGAGCCGAGGUCUGGCCUGCGAUCUCCGGCAAAACAGCGAAGGCAGCUAAAGCCAAGGCAUAUGCAUGCGAGGCCAAAAGCGCAGAAGGCACAGGCAACUCCUUCCAAAAGCCAGGUGGGAAUCCAUGGCCUUUCGAACUCCUUGCUGUUGGCAGCAAUUGGGCCGCUCACUGCUGCACAGCUCGAGGUAUUGAUGGGACAAGGGCUUCGAAGCGUCAUCAUGCAUGAAAUGGGGCAUAUCCUUGGCUUGAGGCACAAUUUCAAGGGCAGCACUGCUAUCAGUCAGCACUGUUUGCAGAACAUCACCUGCACUGGAAUCAACAGCAUCUCUUCAAGUGUUAUGGACUACUUGCCGAUGAAUCUCCCCAGGAACAAGACGCCAGUCCACAUAUUUCCACCAACCAUUGGCGAGUAUGAUCGUUUGGCCAUCCUCUACGGAUACGCCGAGUCUGAGACAGCUCCGCAUGAUAUUCUUCUGGAAGCCGAAGCAUUCAACGUUUGCUACGAUGGCGAUGUAAUGGGUGAAGAUCCCUAUUGCAUGAUGGAAGACUUGGGAGAGGACCCAGUGGCCUACCACGAGGACCGGAUCCAGCGCUUGGCCGCCGCUCAGAAGUCCUUGCACAAGACGUUUGUGCAGGUCGAUGGCUCCUGGCGGCAAUAUGGAGCUGCGGUGAAGGCUUUGAUGAGGGAAGCCCUUUUCACUGGAAAGAGCUUGGUGCCUUGGAUAGGCGGCAUCGACAAUCGCUACUUGCACAGGGCUACAAACUGGAAUGCAGCGCGACCACGGCGACCAGUGCCCUUGGCCCUUCAGCGGCGGGCGCUCGAAGCGCUUUUGACCUUGUUGCGGCCCAGCCAAGCAGGGCUGCUGCCUCCUGUAGAGGCCAUGCCCUUUGUCGUGGAGGGGAAAGUGGAUGAAGUGGAGAGCAUCGAUCUCGCCCAAGGAAGUGAGCACUUGAUCAAGAAGUUGCUGACUGGCCUCCUCUCUGCCAAGAAGUUACUCCAGAUUCGGAAGCAGGAGCUCCUGCUGGUGGAAAGGAACGUCUCUGCACAGCCUGUGCUAACGGUUGGGGACUUCCUCACCAGGAUGAGUGAUAGCAUUCUUGGUGGUUUUCAUUUGAGACUGGACAAAGCACCUGUUCGAUCCACUGUGGAAAUGACGCUUCAGUUGGAGUAUGUUCGCCGCAUGACGCAUCUCUAUUUGAGCAAGGAGCUCCCAGAGUCCUUGGAGGCGCAGCUCCUGCUGCAACUGCGACAGCUCCGGGCCGACACUCGAGCGGCGGAGCUGCGCCUGAAGGCGACUGAGAAACAACAGCCACCAGUCUUGGAGGCUCAUCUCGCUUUGCUCAACCGUGAACUUGCCGCUGCUUUUUGUCCGGCAGAAGAGAUCCAUUGCGUUCCUCCACGUGUGCGAGAGACUCUGAAGUCCUCAUCACCAGAAUGUGGCUUCGGAGUGCUCGCGAUGACUGCUUUGGUGGCGAUGGCCUUCCGAUUCUGA